AUGUGGACGAUCAUCCAGAGGUUGAAUAAUAAGGCGAUAGACAUGCUUAUAAAGUCCGAGUGGGCUAUCAUCUCGAGCUGGAUCGACAAUCCGAUACUUAUUAAGAUGCAGAUCGGAACCGUGUGUAUGGUGGAUAUCUCGUUCAAGAUGGCAAGACCAGCUCAAAGGAUGAUCGUGACCGCCGAUAUUAUAAUAGACAUACCUACCGCAACCGUAGAGUUUCCAAGCACAACAUUAAGGCGGAUUAGCCCGGGCGAGAUCUGGCUGCUGAGGUUCGCUUCGAUAUCGGGUUGCGGACCGGCUCCGAACGGGAGACCCGGCUUGGAUAACCUUAACAAUAGCGUCGACUUCUCGGUCGUAAGGUUGGAUAUCGAGGUCACCACCGACGUCAGGAACGGCAAAAUGCACUUACCGCACGACCCUUUCAUCAGCAUUUGCAUAUCUGACGAGGCUUGGUUCGACGGUAAGGGUAAGGACAUCUGUCACUGCAUCUAUACGUUUAAGUAUCACGAAGACAUUACCUCCGAAGGGGAGAUCGAGGCCACGUACAACAUCUUUAACAUCUUGUCACCCGACUUCGUAUAUAUAUACAACGGAUUCAGAUUCGACCUGGACAGAAUCGCGACCCAGUCCUAUUCCAUCCCUUUGAUCGAGCACACGUUCGAGGACAAGAAGCUCGGCAACAGCGGUACGACCACCUAUAUGAGGUUGCCCAACGGUGUCAACUUUAUCGACUCGGUAUACGAUAUCGAUAAGUAUCUCAAGAAAGAUUGGAACACGAUGUCCUUCGCAAGAGUCACGGAGACGCUGGGACCACCCCCGAAGCUGGAUGUCGAUAAUAUGCAAGUGAUGAACAGCGAUUGGUACAACGUAACUAAGGGUGUGUAUGGCUCGCAGUUGCACGUCCGUGCAACUAAGCAGUUGAGUUGA